CUGCAUGAUGACGAGCGGAACUGGAGCCCGAAAUUUUCUUCCCCUUUCAACAAUGGGUAUUUCCGUGUAAUUCUGCUGGAUAAUGAAUGUGAAAUUUUUGUUUGUAACUUCGGAGGGCACCAGGAGUUUUUAGCAGUUUAUUAUGUCGUGCGCUUUUCUGAAAUUUUUCGAGAAGAUCGUACAGAAAUAUUUUCUGAAAAUCGAAACAUAAAUGUUGAGGUGUUGCAAAUCGGUAGUAAAGACAAGGUUUGCGAAAUGUCAUCUGGUAAGGAUCACGUAUUGUUAUUAAGUGUUGCAGGCGAAGUUUACAGUUUUGGAACAGGAAGUCGUGGGGAACUGGGUCACGGAUCACUACAAAAUGAGUCUUUUCCGGUGCUACUCGAUUCACUUCAGCCACUUCGUAUAGUACAAAUUUCCUGUGGUUCUUGGUAUAGUGUUGCUUUGACGGACGGAGGGGAUGUUUAUGUUUGGGGUUGGAAUCGUUGUGGACAAUUUGGGAAUGCUGAUCCAUGUGUAAUAGACACUCCAUAUCCACUGGACUUGGAAGACGCAUUUAAGUCAAUUUUAGCAUUCCGGGAUGGUUUAAUUUUAAAAAAGAUGGAUGGUGCUUUAGUCGUAUUUGGUAGUUUCGAAUUCUCUUGUCAGUAA